CCCCCACAUCCAUCGCACCUCUCCUCCCAAAUUCCCAAUCAGUUAUACUACACGCCUGCCUCCCUCCCUCCGUCUUCCUGGACCCAACCCAAGGCCAGAUCAGAUCAGCUCAGGCCGCCUCCGCUUCCCGACUCCAGUUCCAAUUUCGAUUCCCACCCCCGCCCCCGCCCCUCGGGACCGAGGAGGAGGAGGAUGGCGAUCGUGUACGCGCUCGUGGCGCGGGGCACGGUGGUGCUGGCCGAGUUCGCCGCCGUCUCGGGCAACGCCGGCGCCGUCGCCCGCCGCAUCCUCGAGAAGCUCCCCUCCGAGGCCGAGGCGCGCCUCUGCUUCGCGCAGGACCGCUACAUCUUCCACGUCCUCCGCUCCCCCGCCGACGGCCUCACCUUCCUCUGCAUGGCCAACGACACCUUCGGACGGAGAGUUCCCUUCAUUUAUCUCGAGGACAUCCAGAUGAGGUUCAUGAAGAACUACGGCAGGGUCGCCCAUUCCGCGCUGGCCUAUGCCAUGAACGACGAGUUCGCCAGGGUGCUGCACCAGCAAAUGGAGUUCUUCUCCAGCAACCCCAGCGCCGACACGCUCAACCGCCUCCGCGGCGAAGUCAGCGAGAUACACACCGUCAUGGUUGACAACAUAGAGAAGAUUCUGGACAGAGGCGACCGCAUCUCGCUUCUUGUAGACAAGACCUCCACAAUGCAGGACAGCGGUUUUCACUUCCGCAAGCAAUCCAAGAGGCUUCGGAGAGCUCUCUGGAUGAAGAAUGUCAAGCUUCUAGCGGUGUUGACGGCGGUCAUUGUGCUGCUACUUUACGUGAUCAUUGCGGCUUUCUGCGGAGGCCUGUCCCUUCCAUCGUGCAGAUCAUAGAACAGUAGCUCGACACCAUACAUGAUGUUCCAAGUUCGUCUCAGCUUCCAAAGCGAGAGCCUUAUGUUUUGGUCAACAGAUUCGCAGUUGAGUUCUCGGUAGAUUGUUUUUGCUCAUACAAGUCGAUAUGAAAUGUUUGUACAAAAACCGGGUCCGUGUGUACAGUAUGAAAUGUCGUUUGUGCUUCCUUUGGGUAUGUUGUGGCACUAGUUAAGAGUUGCUCGGUGCACUGCACUGGUUCGUCGAAAUUAUUACUGAUGUAUACCUCCCUUUCUGGAGAAGAUGUGAACACUGAACAGGGUAUGUUUUCUUUCAUCUCCUUUUGCUUA